AUGCUUCUGUUGGCUCAUCACCUACUUCGCACUUCCAAUAUGAUUUUCUAUUGCUUUUUCCUCCUGAUUGCUCUGGCACACGCUGAAGAUAGUGAAGACUGUACGAAAAGCGAGACAACUAGUUACUGCGGAGGCCUGUUCGAAAAUAAGACCCAUUGCUUUGAUGAGGACGAGAAAUACGCCAACUAUUUGAAGGAGUGUCUCGUAACCUGUAAUGCUUGCGAUACAUACUCAUGCUCUAACCCUCAACCAGAUACAACUUUCAACUGUACAAGUCUGAAAGACAAAUGUUCCGAUCCUGUAUGGGAGAGAAUCAUGAGAGAUAAAUGCCCUCAAACUUGUGGACGAUGCGGACUUCUCAAUGGAAAGCUAUGCGAAGACACGGCUGGUACCGACGUUUGUGUAGGCAUGAAGGAUCUUUGCAAUUCCGUAGAGUACUACGAUACGUUGACGCAACAAUGUGCUUCCACAUGCAAUCGUUGUCCAAAUGAUCCAAAUGCUGCAAAAACAUUCGGAACAUGUGCAGACCAAGCAAAGAAUUGCGAACAGAAUUUAGCCAAAUGUAAUGAUGCCAAUUACUCAGAACUAAUGACGAGAACAUGUGCUAAGACAUGUAACAAGUGUGGUUUAGGUUGUGUUGACGCCGAUCACAGAUGCGCAAGCUGGAAUCAGAAAGGCUAUUGUACAAGCACCAAAUACAGCCAAGCUGACAAGAAGAAAUCGUGUGCUAGAACAUGUAAUAUGUGCUCUACGCGUCCUUAA